AAAUAAUUCAUGUGAACUGAUGUUUCAAUUAUAAAAAUGGCAUUAUAAUAUAAAUAAAUAAAUAAGUGUCAAUAAUAAUACAUACAUUUUGAAUCGUAAAGUAUUUAUUUGAAAGUUGGGUAACAUAAAAAAAUACUCCAAUAUGAAUGAUCAUCGUAAAAAAUCCACUCCCAACCGUUCUGCAGAUUCAGUAAUUGAUGAGGCUUUGGCUGAAUUUUUCUUCGGCUGCAAUAUACCUUUUAAUGUAGUGGAAUCCAAGUUUUUCAAGCAAUUCAUCAAAACUCUGAACUCCUUGUACCAAGUUCCAUCGAGGAAAAAGCUCUUCACCAAGCUGCUUGAUCAAAUUCACCAAAAAGUAAUUAAACAACUAGAAUACAACAAGUAGAUAGAUGGCGUAUUACUAACAGAUGGAUGGAAAAAUUCCUCAGCCAACACCAAAAAUGUCGUUUGCACUGUUUUUACUAAGGAUAAGAGGAGUAUUUUUUUGAAUUCGUGGGAUUUCACAGAGCUGAGAAAAACUGGGGACGAGUUAGCUAAUAUUAUUGAUGAAGCUGUGGUCAUGGCAAAAGAACAAUUCAAGGUAAAGAUUUAUUCAGUGGUAUCAGACAAUGCUUCAGCAAUGAUGCGGAUGGGCAAGCUAGUGAGUGUUUGGCAUACCACCUGUAGUUCUCACAGUGGUAACUUAUUGCUGAAAUCUCUCGUUGAUCCUAAAUUCGCUGAAUGCAUUAACAAGUUAUUGAGGGAGUUCAAAAGUUCUCGAGGGGAGAGAGAAUUAAAAAAACGUCAUGGAACGAGAAUCAUGCUUGCGUGUGAGACUAGAUGGUGUUCAUACAGGGAUGCAUUCCGUUGCUGUCUGAAAAACCUGCACAUCAUGAGACGAAUAGAGAAGGAAGGGAUUAUUACAGUGAAAUCAGAAAAUUCUAAACUUUUGGAGGAUACUACACUCGAAGAACGAUUACAAGAUUGUUUAAUACGGUUUGAUCCUGUUUGUGAAUUGGUAAAUAAGUGCCAAAGGACUGAAACCAAUCUCGCAGAAGCAGAUGAGCUCUGGGUGACACUGAAUAUCCCAACUGAGAGUGAUUCAAUCGAUAAAACUCUGGAAGGUAGAUUGAAUAAGGUUCUGCAGCCAAUCGCCUUGGUAGCAAAUUAUUUGCAUCCAGAAUAUCGGGGGAGACAAUUCGCUAAUUUGGAGUUCUUCAAUAGGACAGUAUCUGAGUUUUUGCAUGAAGAACUAGCCAAUGAGGAUCCUACCGAGUUGGAAGGUUUGAGAGAAUACUCAGAGGGGAAAGGAAUUUUUGAACGAUUAAUUAAAAAAAACAUUAAAUCUCCUGAGGCUUUCUGGUGCAUGGCAGAAAUCGAUUACCCAGCGUCAUCUAGUUUGGCAACGAAAAUCUGCAACAUUCCGAGUUCAACCGCGCAGAUUGAACGACUAUUCUCGAAUUGGGCAUUCAUUCAUUCUGAUCUCCGAAAUCGUCUGAGUGUAGAACGUUCUAUGAAGCUAGUUUCUGUUUACUAUGCACUCAAGAUGCGAGAUUCUUCGUGGGAGAAAAUUGAUGAUUCAUUGUGGGAAGAAGAUGCUGCGACGAUAUAAUUAUGAAAUAUAAAUUUGAAUGUUUCAACCAACUUUUAUUGUCAUGUUUCUGUCAUACAUUAGUUGAUGUACAUAAACGCCUAUA